AAAACUAUUGAUUAUGUUAGUAGAGAUAAUUUAAAUUAAGCCUAUUCUGACAAGUUUCGGUUUUCUUGUAAUCAGAUGGAUUAGUAAUUACAAAAAUGACCAUGUAAACCACAGGUUAGUAAAUAAAACAAUCUAACUUAAACUGUUUACAAUUUAGGCUUUAAAUGAUUCCAAAACCUCACUAAACAACUAGUAUGGGAGCUAAUGAGACUGCUAUGUAAUUAUCAGAGAAAACAAACGAGUCUCGUACAAAUUAUAUCAAGCCAGAGUUUUAUCUUUUGUUCUAUCAGCACUUCGGCGAAGCAAAGCAUGUAAUGAACUCAUUAGUCUCAGUCACGACCCAACUCCACGCCUGACAGAGCAGCCUGGGCAGGUUUUUAGCUGUCGCUUUAAGACCGAUUUCCCUCCAUUGUCAAGCAGUCGUGAACAGGAAGAGGGAAACGAAAGCAGAGACAGAGGGGGGGCAAACGUAUUUAAACACGAUGCUGCAGCCGACGCAUAAUAACUGUGCUCGCAGCUUCGUGUAGAGGCGCGAGUCAGCAGGAGAUUCAUGCGCGUGACCCUCUCUGGUUGUUAGUGUCUUUAAUUAUCAACCGCCGCAGGACUUGAAAGGCAUAGAGGGGUCACCACUGGGUUAUUGCCUCGGGAAAUGAUGAUGAGAGUGUCCUUCAUCACUGAGCUGGUUAUAGGGAACAUUUCUAGCAUUUUACGGCCUUUUCAACCGGACGCACUGGACUUUGUCUUUUUUCGAUUUAACAGAAAAAUCGUCCUGAAACGUACGGUAACCGCCGUCUUUAAAGGGUUGUAGCAGGUGCAAGGCGCCUGCAGUCAGCUUCCCAGGUGGCUGCUGAACCUCUGGCUGUGGAAACCUCAUCUGGAUCUGAUCACGCUGGUAUCUUAAGAAUGGCAUCUACUAUAGAGAGGAAAACACUUGAGGCCAAUGAGGAACCAGUGGAUGAGGUCCUCCAAAUGCCACCAUCCCUGCUGACAUGUGGUGGUUGUCAGCAGAGCAUCGGUGACAGAUUCUUCCUCAAGGCCAUUGAGCAGUACUGGCACGAGGACUGCCUGAGCUGUGACCUGUGUGGCUGUCGGCUAGGGGAGGUUGGCCGGCGUCUCUACUACAAGCUGGGAAGAAAGUUAUGCCGGCGAGAUUAUCUUAGGCUUUUUGGUCAGGACGGUCUCUGUGCUUCCUGUGAAAAGAGGAUCAGAGCAUUUGAGAUGACGAUGCGUGUGCGGGACAAAGUUUACCAUCUCGAAUGCUUCAAAUGUGCUGCCUGCCAGAAGCACUUCUGUGUGGGUGAUCGUUACCUUCUCAUCAACUCAGACAUUGUGUGUGAGCAGGACAUCUUUGAGUGGACCAAGCUCAAUAAUAACAGUAUGGUUUAGGAGGAUAUUUUCUCACUUGUGAUGCAGCAGACUUGUCUUAUGGGCUUUGAGGGGAAUUAACCACUGAUGAACUGAGAUUUUGUAGCCCAUGUGGGAUUUUUCAUACAGUUAAUAUGGAAACAUUUAAUAUAAAAAAAGAGAUGCUAAAUCUCUGCAUGCCUUCUUGUUGCAGACUGAUGCCAACAGAACCAGCAAUAAUAGAGCUUUUCAUCUGAAGCUCCAUUCUGAAAAGCAAAAAAAAAACAACAAAACAAAACAAAAAUGCUUAAAUGCUGAACAUGUUUAAACAUGCAACUUGAGUAAUUUGUUAUACAAUGGAAUUUUUAAAUUUUACUACACCAAAAACAACAUUUUGUAGUCUGGUUUCUGUCAAGUUUUUUGCUAUUCAAAUGUUCCAUCACUUCUCUCUUAUAAUGUGAAAUUUUGUUUUAUGGAUUUGUUAUUUCUUCAUCAAUUUGUUGAAUUCAUUAUGAGAUAAAUGUGAAUUCUAUUGAAAUUAGUCAAAUUUAAGCUUCUUAUUCAUAUAUAUAUAUAUAUAUACUACCGUUCAAAAGUUUGGGGUCACUUCCCUAUUGAAUCCCAUGGCAAAGUGACCCCAAACUUUUGAACGGUAGUGUAUAUAUUACAUUUUAAGGAUUUCAUAUAUUAGGUGGAAUAAAGAACCCAGAUAAAGAAGUUCUGAUCAUGAUUGCCCUCUAGUGGCAGACCGAACACAUGCAAUACUCAUUUGAAUGACUGGGCAAGUUCCUAGUGAACCUUUUGUAUUUUCAGCUUGGAACAUGUAUCCAUGAUUAUCUUUUUGCAAUACUGCUCAAUAUAUUUAAUAAAUGACAGCAUAGAGAAACA